CAACCUCUCUCCUCGGUCUAGAGCAGUCUCCGCCGCCGCAGUUCUCCAUGCGCAGCGCGCACCCGAGGAGCUAGAAGUUAGCUUGGAGAGGCGCCGGACCGUGGAUGGCCUUGACUGACGGCGGCUGGUGCCUGCCGAAGCGCUUCGGGGCCGCGGCUGCGGACGCCAGCGACUCCGGAGCCUUUCCAGCGCGGGAGCCCUCCACGCCGCCUUCCCCCAUCUCCUCCUCUUCCUCCUCCUGCUGCUCCCGGGGUGGGGAGCGUGGCCCCGGCGGCGCCAGCAACUGCAGGACGCCGCAGCUCGACACGGAGGCGGCGGCGGGACCCCCGGCCCGCUCGCUGCUGCUCAGCCCGUACGCCUCGCAUCCCUUUGGGGCUCCCCACGGACCUUCGGCGCCCGGGGUCGCUGGCCCCGGGAGCGCCCUGUCGAGCUGGGAGGACCUACUGCUCUUCACUGACCUCGACCAGGCCGCGACCGCCAGCAAGCUGCUGUGGUCCAGCCGCGGCGCCAAGCUGAGCCCCUUCGCACCCGAGCAGCCCGAGGAGAUGUACCAGACCCUCGCCGCCCUCUCCAGCCAGGGGCCGGCCGCUUACGACGGCGCGCCCGGCGGUUUUGUGCAUUCUGCAGCCGCCGCCGCAGCCGCCGCCGCCGCGGCCAGCUCCCCGGUUUACGUGCCCACCACUCGCGUGGGCUCCAUGCUGCCGGGCCUGCCGUACCUGCAGGGGGCGGGCAGCGGGCCCGCCAACCACGCGGGCGGUGCAGGCGCGCACCCUGGCUGGCCUCAAGCCUCGGCCGACAGCCCCCCGUACGGCAGUGGAGGCGGCGCGGCCGGCGGCGGGGCCGCGGGGCCCGGGAGCGCCGGCUCGGCCUCUGCGCACGUCUCCGCGCGCUUCCCCUACUCGCCCAGCCCGCCCAUGGCUAACGGCGCGGCGCGGGACCCCGGGGGCUACGCCGCAGCUGGUGGCGGGGGAGCGGGCGGCGUGAGCGGCGGCGGAGGCAGCAGCCUGGCGGCCAUGGGCGCCCGCGAGCACCAGUACAGCUCGCUGUCGGCCGCGCGGCCGCUGAACGGAACGUACCACCAUCACCAUCACCACCACCCGAACCCCUACUCCCCCUACGUGGGUGCACCGCUGACUCCCGCCUGGCCCGCAGGACCCUUCGAGACCCCAGUGCUGCACAGCCUGCAGAGCCGCGCCGGAGCCCCGCUCCCGGUGCCACGGGGCCCCAGCGCAGACCUGCUGGAGGACCUGCCCGAGAGCCGUGAGUGCGUGAACUGCGGCUCCAUCCAGACGCCGCUCUGGCGGCGGGACGGCACCGGCCACUACUUGUGCAACGCCUGCGGCCUCUACAGCAAGAUGAACGGCCUCAGCCGACCCCUCAUCAAGCCGCAGAAGCGCGUGCCUUCCUCCCGGCGGCUUGGAUUGUCCUGUGCCAACUGUCACACCACAACCACCACUUUGUGGCGCAGAAAUGCCGAGGGUGAACCUGUGUGCAAUGCUUGUGGACUCUACAUGAAACUCCAUGGGGUGCCUCGACCGCUUGCUAUGAAAAAAGAGGGAAUUCAAACCAGGAAAAGAAAACCUAAGAACAUAAAUAAGUCAAAGGCUUGCUCUGGUAGUAGCAAUAAUUCUGUUCCUAUGACUCCAACUUCCACCUCUUCUAACUCAGAUGAUUGCAGCAAAAAUACUUCCCCUACAACACAACCAACAGCCUCAGGGGCGGGCGCCUCAGUGAUGUCUGGCGCGGGAGAGAGCACUAAUCCCGAGAACAGCGAGCUCAAGUACUCAGGUCAAGAUGGGUUGUACAUAGGCGUCAGCCUGGCCUCGCCAGCCGAAGUCACAUCCUCGGUGAGACAGGAUUCCUGGUGCGCCCUUGCCCUGGCCUGAGCCUGCUGCCAGGGAGCAGGAGGGCGCACGGCCUGUGGGGAUUUUGUCAAGCCGGCCACACCAGGGCGAGUAUGCUGACAGAACAUUCCUCUGAUGCGUGAUUUCCGUGCCUUUAUUUUGAAAGAGAUGUAUUUCCCCGAGAGGCCUGCUCUGCCUUCACCCUGCCCCUAUCUCUGAAGAGCGGGAGAGGAGAUGGAGAGCUUCCAGGGAAGGGCCGCUGCAGCCCACAGCAUGUCGCCUCCUCCCCGGCCACGGCCCCUUCCAGCCACCAGCCAGCCAGCCUGCCUCUGGGCCCGCCAGGGGAUCUGAUGUCCGCCGUGCCACUUCCAGAAAGCGGGACUAGGACCGGGGCCUUGCCUGCUAAGGAAUAUUGAGAGAGAUUAAAAAAAAAAAAAGUUUUAUGUGUAUUGCCCCAAAUCAUGUGCUUCUUCUGAUCGGUUUUGGUUGUUCCAGAAUUUCUUUGUACCUUUUCCACACCUGAAUUUCACCUGCUUUCAUGGAGAAGACCAUUUGGUACACACCUCUGGAGGCUGAGUCAGGACUGUGACUCAGUUUGCAAGACUGCAUUAUGACUGUAACGUACACUGUGACUGACGUUUCUCAAAGUGCAUAUUGUGUGACUGAUCUGAAGUCAGUCGGGAUUUGUAAACAGGGUAGCAAACAAGAUGUUUUUCUUCCAUGUAAACAAUAAUUUUUUUAAAAAGUGCAAUUUGCGUUGCAGCAAUCAGUGUUAAAUCAUUUGCAUAAGAUUUAACAACAUUUUUUAUAAUGAAUGUAAACAUUUUAACUUAAUGGUACUUAAAUAAUUUAAAAGAAAAAAAUGUUAACUUAGACAUUCUUAUACUUCUUUUACAACCACAUCCCAUUUCUAUAUUUCCAAUUGUGAAAGAAAAAUACUUCAAGAACAAAUCUUCUCUCAGGAAAAUUGCCUUUAUCCAUCUGUUAAGAAUUUUUAUACAAGAACACCAGUAUCCCCUCUUUAUUUUACUGUGGAAUGUGUGCUGGAAAAAUUGCAACAAAACUUUACUACCUAACAGAUAACAUUUGUAAAUACUGUAGGCAUCUGUACACACUACGAUGAAGUCUAUAGUGUGACUAACCCACAGGCAGGUUGGUUUACAUUAAUUUUUUUUUUUAAUGGGAUGUCUUAUGGAAACCUAUUUUUGCCAAAGUUUUAAAAAUAAAAAGGGUAUUGUUUUGUCUUCUGUACAGUGAGUUCCUUCCCUUUUAGUUUCAUUUGGAUACUGUA